CCAGAGAGCUCCCGCUGCGCAGCCCGUACACUCCACUGCCACCAUGCUGCUCCUCCACUGCUCCCCGCGCGUUCAUCUCCACCGCCUCUCACCAACUCGCCGCCUCCCCCUCGCCUCUUCUUUCCCUCUUCCCCGCCGCCGCCUCCGCCGCUCCACCGCUAUCCACGCCGAGCCUGAUGCGCCGCCGCCGCCGCCUUCCUCCGCAGCGGAGCCAGAGCCCCCCGACUCCGGCGCCGUCGACGCCGAAGGCGAGGGCCCCGUGGAGCUCCGCGCCCCGACGCUCUUCUCCACCGACGACAAUCCCACCCCGCUCCAGACCGCCACAAGCCUCCUCCUCACCGGCGCCAUCUCCGUCUUCCUCUUCCGCUCCCUCCGCCGCCGCGCCCGCCGCGCCAAGGAGCUGAGGGUGCGGUCGAGCGGAGUGAAGAAGCCCAACAAUCUGACCGAGGAGGCCCUGGAGGGGCUCAGGAUGAUGAGCGCCUCGCCGAUCGAGACCGAGAAGCCGCCGUCACCCAUCCAGGCCCUGCUCGGUGGGAUUGCGGCGGGGGUCAUCGCGCUCAUCCUCUACAAGUUCACUACCACCAUAGAGGCCUCGCUCAACCGGCAGACCAUUUCCGACAGCUUCUCGGUUCGUCAGAUAACAAUCACAAUAAGAACAAUUAUCACUGGGCUUUGCUACCUAGCAACUUCUGUCUUUGGAAUCAAUGCAGUGGGGUUGAUUUUGUAUUCCCUCCAACUCACUUUCCAAUCUAUCAUGGAUGAUGACUCCAAUAGCUCCUCUACAGGGAAGAUUAGCGAACAAUCAAACACAAGUAACAGUGAAUCAGCUAGUAGUGACUUGCAGCAGAUAUCUGACAAGAGUAAAAACUCAGCAGAGUAGCAGAGUUGGCCGUGCAAUGCAAUAGCGAAAACCUGAGGGUACAUAUAAUUGGACAAUCAUUGUGUAUGGAUAACAGGAGCUGUCAAGCAAAGCUGGUGUUGCGAAGUGGUUCGUGUGCCCCACAAGGCUGCUAGAGCUAUCAGGCAACUGGGCUUAGUUUCUUCCAGUAUUCAGGUGUAUCAAUCCUCAUCCAUUUGCAAGCUGGAGGCUCUCUGUUCAUCACUUGGUGCCACAAUAAAAAGGCUUCAAGUAGAGUAGUCAUUUGUUUAACAUUUUAUAAAUCUUCUGCUGUAUAUUUUGCACAUUUAUUCUCACUAUGAACAAAGAGGUUUCUUUGGAUUUUUAAUCAUUUUUCAGUAGAACAAUAAAGGAGGAAAUGUCUAUGUUUCCCUCCAGUGGCUAAAUCGUAGACAAA